AUGUCAGGCUACGGAGGCCGCGGGGGAGAAGGGUUGUCAGGCUCGGUGAGUCGGGUCUCGUUGCGUAGCCGUUGCAUUCAUCACAUGCCUCUGCAACGUUCCCAUCAAGCCUGA